AUGUUGGGAAGUAUAGCUGUUCUUGACAUACAAGACACCCCGGAUAAUAAGUUUAAGACUCUUCAGGCUCGCUUUGGCGUCCAGACAGCCUACAUCCCGACCGAUAUUUCCAGUAAAGAUAGUCUCGUUGCAGGCUUCAACACGGCCGUGGAAAUCCUCGGGACCAUUGACGGGGCCUUAACUAGUGCUGGAAUCGCUAUCAAAAAACCUUUCAUUAAACAGACGUGGAAGAAGGUAUCGAGAAUCCAAGAAAUCAACAUAUAUAUGUCUCGUCUGUGUUCAGGCUUGCCUCCGACUGGUCUCCAUCUUUCUAAAGUUAUUCUUCAGGUUCUCGGCACCUUUUUCACCACCCAGUUAGUUACCAAGCAAUUACUCAAACAGGGCACACCGGGCAGCAUUGUACAUGUCGCCUCGAUCACCGCCCACACCGUGCUCCCCAAGCACCGAAUGACCGGAUACAAUACUUCCAAGGGAGCCGUGCGCAUGCUCACCGAGGCCCUUAGGGUAGAAAUGGCGCCGCAUGGCAUCCGAGUGAACUCCAUCUCCCCGGGCUUGAUUGAUUCGGAGCAGUUGCGCGCAGUUCGCACCCAGAAAAGCCGGGAGGAUUCCCGCAUUUAUGACGAAGGACCGCCGCUGGGGCGCAUUAGCAAUUUCAAUAAUCUGACCAGCGCAGUCGUCUACCUUCUCAGUAAUGCGUCCGCCUAUACUACUGCCAGUAAUAUUGCCAUCACGGGAGGGCUGUAUGUGGGGAGGAUCAAUGUUUAA